AUGAUUAUUUUAAUUAUUACAAUAUUUUUUAUUAUUGUACUGGCAAUUUUGCGAAAUAUUCGAACUUUAUACAAUCACCAACCGUUUAGAAAUUUCAGCAAGACUGCAACACCUCUAAUAAAAAAUGGAUUUGAUUUAGCAUUAAUGAAUCCUGCGGAACUCUUUAAGUAUGAACGAGAAUGUGCAAAAUUAAUCCAAAAGUCUUUUAGACGAAAAUUCUUUUUGAUUUGGACAUAUGCAGUAAUAAAGGCAGAAGAUGCAGCAAUCAUACUUGGAUCAUCAAAACAUAUCAACAAAAGCAUGUUGUAUGAUGUGUUGCAUCCAUUUUUGAAAACCGGUCUGCUCACAAGUAGUCGAGAAAAGUGGCAUAAGAGACGUAGGAUGUUGACACCAUCAUUUCAUUUCAACAUCCUAAAGGAGUUCUGCGAAAUUUUUAAGGAAGAAAGUGAUAAGUUAGUUGACAGCUUAAGAUCUCAAUCCAAUAACGAGAUUAAUAUAAUUCCUAUUUCUUCAAAAUUCACUUUAAAUACUGUUUGUGAAUCAGCAAUGGGUGUCAAACUUUCAGAAUUAGGAGACGAUGGUGUUAUAUAUCGUGAAAGUAUCUAUGCAUUUGGAAAGCUUUUAGUUCACAGAAUUAUUAGACCUUGGCUCCACCUUAAUUUCAUUUAUUCACUGGUUGGAUACCAGAAGAUUCUAGACAAUGUUUUAGCUUCAGUUCACUCAUUUACCCGAUCAAUAAUCCAAAAACGAAAAAUGGAAUUUUUAAAUAAACAGCAUAAAGAAGAAAUUGAGUUAAAAGAUGAAAAUGAAAAUAUUUAUAUGGGAACGAAAAAGAAACGUGCAGCCAUGAUGGAUACAUUAUUACAAGCACAAAUAGAAGGACUGAUCGACGAUGAAGGAAUUAUUGAAGAAACUGAUACAUUUACAUUUGAAGGACAUGAUACAACAUCAACUGCAAUGACAUUCACACUGUUAUUACUUGCUCAUCAUCCAGAAGUGCAAGAAAAGAUUUUUAAGGAAAUUCAAGAAGUAAUCAGCACAAGUGAUGAUUUAACAAUGGAUGAUUUGAACAAAAUGAAUUAUAUGGAGAGAGCUCUUAAGGAAUCUAUGAGGUUAUAUCCACCAGUUCCAUUCAUAAGCAGAUGUUUUGAUGACGAUGUCCAAAUAAGAGAUGUUCUUUAUAAAAAGGGCAGCAUAAUCGAAAUAUUCAUAUGCGACAUUCAUCGUGAUCCAGAACAUUUUCCAGAUCCUGAUAAAUUUGAUCCUGACAGGUUUCUUCCAGAAAACUGUGACAAUCGACACAACUUUGCAUAUCUAGCUUUUUCAGCAGGCAUGAGGAACUGUAUUGGUCAACGUUUUGCAAUGUUGGAACUCAAAAUUAUGCUUUCUAAAGUUAUUCAGAAUUUCAAAAUUUUACCAGUUACAAAAAUCAAAGAUUUGGUCUUCAUAGCAGAUAUAGUUCUCCGAGCAAAAGAUCCUAUUGAAAUGAAAUUUGUUUCCCGAAAGUAG